UCGUGUUUCUCUGAGCUGGCAUGCUAGCUAACGGAUAAGUUGAUGACAGAUACAGAGAUGAGCCGUGUUCGCUGGAUUAGUGUUGCAGGCUCUGUUAUUGGAGUGCUACUAGGUGUAUUAGCAUUACUUGUGAUCGGGCUGCUAAUCAGGACAUACACCCUGCCUGAGAGAGAAAAGCCAUGGCGUGCAGAGGGAGCACGAAGCGCUGUGCUAGGAGAAAAAGAGAGAAGACAACUAAUAGAAGCACUGAAAGGGGCUGUUCGCAUUCCCACAGUUUCUUUCUCUGAAGAAGAGCAAAAUACUACUGCCUUGGGAGAAUUUGGAGAAUACAUACGUAAAGUUUUCCCUCUAGUGUUCUCUUCACGUUUCAUACAGCAUGAGCUUAUUGCUGGGUACAGCCACCUCUUCACUGUGCAAGGUUCAAACACCAACCUCUUGCCAUACAUGCUCCUUGCCCAUUUGGAUGUUGUCCCAGCUACACCUGAGGGAUGGGAGGUCCCACCCUUCUCUGGCGAGGAACGUGAUGGAUUUAUCUAUGGGAGGGGAACUCUGGAUGACAAAAACUGUGUCAUUGGAAUUCUUGAAGCCUUGGAAUUUCUCCUGAAGAAAAACUACCAACCUCAUCGGUCAUUCUACAUAGGAAUAGGACAUGAUGAAGAGGUCUCUGGACAUAAAGGAGCCAUGAAAAUUGUGCAAACACUGCAAUCUCGGGACGUUAAAUUGGCUUUUGUAUUAGAUGAGGGCUUAGCAGUCCUUGAUGGGGUUAUUAAAGGCAUAAGCAGACCCGUUGCUCUGAUUGGUACAACAGAGAAAGGAUCGAUCACUCUGGACCUGUCAGUGAACCGACCACCUGGCCAUUCCUCUAUGCCUCCUCCUGAGAGCAGCAUUGGGAUUCUUGCUGCAGCUGUGUCCAGGCUUGAACAGAAUCCUAUGCCCAAUAUGUUUGGGGAUGGCCCAGAAGGUGCUAUGUUUGAGCAACUUGCAGGAGAAUUUGUUUUCCCUCUCAAUAUCAUGAUGGCAAACUUGUGGCUUUUCUCCCCGCUCAUCAGCAGAAUUCUGGAACGGACUCCCUCUAGCAACGCAAUGGUGCGUACAACUACUGCCCUCACCAUCUUUAAUGCAGGAAUUAAGUCCAAUGUAAUCCCACCCAAUGCCAAAGCAACUGUCAAUUUCCGACUCCACCCUGAACAAACUGUUGAGGAGGCACUAAAUAUUGUGAGGAACACCAUUAGGGAUGACAGAGUGGAGCUCUCUGUUCUCAACUCAUUCGAUCCCCUGCCUGUUAGCCCCUAUGAUGAAGAGAAUUUUGGAUACCAGAUCCUGCAAGGCACCAUUCAUGAUGUUUUCUCAGGGGCACCAACAGCGCCAGGUGUGUGCGUUGGAAAUACAGAUAGCCGCCAUUUUGUAAACCUGACAGAGAGCAUCUAUCGAUUCAGCCCAGUGGUAAUGAAACAGGAGGAUGUGAACAGGAUUCAUGGCCUGAAUGAGAGGAUUUCUACAGAAGGAUUUGAACGCCUUGUACAAUUUUACUAUCAGCUGAUUCAAAAUUCUGACUUAGACAAGCUACCCAGGCCUCACCUGUCAACUCAUGAGCUCUAAGUUGUAGAAGAAGAAUGUUCUGGUUUAUAUGAUUGUCUCUCUUAUUUAUUGAAAUAGAAACAUAAUCAGAAGUGUUUAAAAGACCCACUACCAAAGACUUGCAAAUAAUUAAUAUAAUUUUAAUGAGCUAAUGGGGCCUCCUGUAACAUAUGCUUUAAAGGGACAGUCUACACCUUAGUCAUCUUAAAGUCUCACCUUAGAUUAAGCUGCAAAUAGGCUCCUGCCCCUUUCUAUAUCAUGCAGCAGGAACAAUAAAAAAGUUAUUUUAAAAAAUGAAUAUUGUUUCUGGCCACUUUUGAAAUGGCUGCCGAGCUCCGCCCACUGAUAACAUCACGAUCUGGGCUAUCAAAUAUUAAGUAACUUUGCCAACUUUAUUUCCUUCUUAAUAUAAGGAGAAUCCACGGCUUCAAUCCUUACUGUUGGGAAAUACUGAACUUGGCCGCCAGGAGAAGGCAAAGACACCCCAGCCAAAAGCUUAAAUACCUCUCCCCGAUCAUUCUUUGCCUUUUGUCACAGGAGGAUGGCAGAGAAGAUUUUGGAUCCUUUUGGUUAAGGAGUGUUAUCCGCUUAGCUUAUGAGACAGCGGGACAUAAACAUCCUCAGAGAAUUACGGCUAAUUCUACUAGAGCAGUGGCUUCAUCUUGGGCCUUUAAGAAUGAGGCCUCUAUGGAUCAGAUUUGUAAGGCGGCUGCCUGGUCCUCCUUACACACUUUUUCUAAAUUUUACAAAUUUUAUGUUUUUGCUUCUGCUGAAGCAGCCUUCGGGAAAGGUUUUUCAGGCUGUGGUGCCUUCAGAUUAGGGUCCGCCUCUCUCUUUUUGUCCCUCCCGUUUUCGUUCAGUGUCCUCUAGAGCUUGGGUAUAAGUUUCCCAACAGUAAGGAAUGAAGCCGUGAACUCUCCUUAUAUUAAGAAGGAAAACAUAAAUUAUGCUUACCAGAUAAUUUAAUUUCCUUCUGUAUAAGGAGAGUCCAUGGCCCCCACCGUAUUCUCCGAUGGGCAGCCCACUAAAUUUUGUUUUUCUUCUGGCACCAUUUAUACCCUUAUAUUUCUCCUACUGUUCCUGGUUCCCUCGACAGAAUGACUGGGGGAAGUGGGAGAGGUAUUUAAGCCUUUGGCUGGGGUGUCUUUGCCUCCUCCUGGUGGCCAGGUUCAGUAUUUCCCAACAGUAAGGAAUGAAGCCGUGGACUCUCCUUAUACAGAAGGAAAUGAAAUUAUCUGGUAAUCAUAAUUUAUGUUUUUGUUAAAGGGGCAUGAAACCCAAAUAUUUUUUUCAUGAUUCAGAUAGAGAAUAUAAUUUUAAACACUUUUCUAAUUUACUUCUAUUAUCUAAAUUGUUUCCUUCUCUUGGCAUCAAGGAGCAGCAAUGCACUACUGGUUUCUAACUGACCACAUGGGUGAGCCAAUGACAAUCGGUAUAUCUAUGCAGUCACCAAUCAGCAGCUAGAACCUAGGUUCUUACUGCUCCUGGGCUUAACUAGAUAAACAUUUCAGCAAAGGAUGACAAGAGAAGGAAGCAAAUAAAAAAAAAUAGAAGUAAAUUGUAAAGUUGUUUAAAAUUGUAUGUUAUGUCUGAAUCAUGAAAUACAUUUUUGGGGUUUCAUGUCCCUUUAAGUUUAGGUUUUUAAAAUUAAUUUAUUAUGGAAUCAUAAAAAAUGGUUUUAUAUUGAUAGAAAUUAUUAGUGCUUCAUACAUAAUGGUUUUGACAAAUCUAAACAACUUCUUUUGCAAUGUAAUUUUAACUUAUCUGAUUUUUUUAAUAAAACUUGUUUGGAAAAAUAAAUGAAUAAAUAAGUAAAACAACCAA